AUGGAACUUCGAGAAAGCAUUGCUCAAGAUCAGGAGAGAACUGAAACAUUAAAAAGUCAAAUGGAAGAGCUAGAAAGAAACAUUCAAAAUGUGGAUACUAAAAUCCAUCACACUGAAGCAACAUUAAAGGAUUUGCGGAAAUUACAGGACCAGAUUGCAACCAAGACUGCUGAAAGAAGCACUUUGUUCAAGGAGCAGCAGAAACAGUAUGCAGCUCUCUCAGAGGAGAAUGAAGACACUGAUGAAGAACUGAAGGAAUGGAAAGCCAAAUUUGAAGAAAAGAUUGCACUUCUGGAAUCUAGAAUUAGCAAGUUGGAGAGGGAAAUGAAUGACACAGAGACAAAGGGUUCUUUCCUAAAGCAGACCAUUAAUGAGAGUAUCUGGGAGAUCAGCAAGCUUCAAACCGAGGCUGAAGCUCAUAUUUCCAUGAAGAAUGAAAGAGAUCUAACAAUUCAAAAGCUUUUCGAGAGGCACAAUUUAGGGUCUUUUCCAAACUGUCCCUUCAGUAAUGAAGUUGUUUUGAACCUUACAAAUCGCCUGAAGUCAAGAUUGAUGGAUCUCGACAAAGACUUGCAAGAUAAAAAGAUUGCAGAGGUUGAUUCUGGUCUGGAGCUAACAGACGGAUCAGAGAGAAGUAGAGGUGGCAAGGGCUGGAAGAGAAUAAUCCCCAGAGAGAGCGAGAGCAGAAUGUACGGAGCGAGUCAGCUGACAGCUACGGCUAGGAAGCAUGCGAGUGAAAGGGCAAGAUGA